AUGGAUCUUUUCAAGCGGGCAUCAUUUCGCCAUGGUGAAGGCACUAUCGUUACGUGUAAUGACGUCUCCAUUGUACAACCAGACAGGCCCAUGUCGACAUUUCAGUUAGCUGUACCGCCGAUUCAAAGAAAGGAAACAUCUGAAAUUUUAAAUUCAGAAGUUAAUAAUGUAGAUGGGGAGAGACAAACAAAAGAUUCUUAUCGAUUCUACCCAAAUGUUCCAUACUAUGGGCUGCUACAAGGUAUUGAUGUGCAUAUUGAUAUUGAUAGUGCGGCAACUUCGUCAUCUACCGCUUCCUCAUCGUUGAACCCAUCCAACAUGGCAGGAUGUAUUUCACAACUGCACGACACUUUGUGUGAUGCAGUGAACCGUUAUGGAGACUUUUACUACACAGGGAAUUCUCUCCUACCUUUGUUUGAUGCCACACCAGCAAGUGCGAUGGCUCUCAGUACAACUACACAGUCCUCUUCGGCCGCGGUGGGGACAUCGGCCGGUACCUUCUCGGGCCCUUUUAUUGUCUACGAAGUCUAUCUGCACGCCCUUAUAGAGCUCUUCCAGGGCAUGUCGCGAGUUCGCGACCGCUGCUGCGCCCCGGAUCCGACGUCGACCUCGGAUUCGGAUGGGGGCCCCAGCAAGGCUCUGCCGGGUGGUCCCGUUCUACAUACCCACCAUGUUGUUUACCUCCGCAUCGCCAACCACCCCUCUUUGAAGGAUGUCAACGUUAUGCUGGCUAUUGAGAGGGGUCGCAUGGUGCUUUUUGUGAGUACGUCCUCCCGCAUGACCCGGGCCUAUCUUUCCGCGCAGGCCCAAAAGGUGCUGCUGGAGCUUCGAUGGGUCUCCGGGGCCGUCCUGGUUUGGGAGCCAGACCAGCUGCGACUUGGUGAGGUCAACCCCGUCUUUGCGCUCUGGGACGUGCUCGUGAACACACCCUUGAUGGCCUCAGUGGGUCUGGCAGACGCGGGGUCUGUGGAGUCCCCCGGGCCUGCGGAUGCCGUGCAGGAGGUGCUUUCCCGCGUGAUGCCUUUGACGGGGCGAGUGGUGGAAGGGUUUGGCUGGAUCGUGUUAUCCUCCCUGCCCUUUUCCGGCGCUCAGCAGUGCAGGCCGACGCUGCGGCUGCAGGACCCCGUGGCGUUGCGAGUCGCCCGUGCCCCCAACGCCCUGGGGAAUCCGAUCAUGGGCCGCCGGUAUGGCUGGAGGCUGGUUGGUCCUUUCCGGAACGUCGUCUUGCCCCACCUCUUUACCCAUAUCUCGCAAUGUCUUGUAAAUUUCGAGCACGACGGUCAUCGCCUACGCAGUUUUACCGUAAGAACGCAAAGUGGGGCCCAGGAGGAGUACGGCGAGCAUCGCAACCCCCAAAGCCGCACGGGACCGGAGAGUGGUGGGGUGACCGGGUUAUCCUACAUCCGCUCCGAGCGCAGCGGGCUGACCACACGGCGAGGUCCGAGCUCGCAGUCGUGGAUGGGGUUCAGUCGUCUUAGUGGGAACGACUGGCUCAGCGAUGAGGAGCGGGAACAACUAGGAUUGCUUGUGGUGGAAAAUGAGGAAGAAGUGGCACUGGAAUGUGAGUUUUCAUUGGCGGAGAUUCGCUAUUGCAACAUGGCGGCUAAUGACAACGCAGCAGAGAAAAGAAAAGGUCAGCUUCGCAAACGACCUCGUUCUCCUCUUCUUUUGCAAGACAGUAUGGAGAAUACGAUGAGCAGGUGUUCUUUAUCGGGUUUUGCUCAUGGGGCGGCUAAUUUAUUUAGCGUCGAUAACCCUGAGGAUUGGGGCCAGUGCUUUGAUUGGAAUAUUUCUGUUACACGUCUGUUAGAUUAUACAGACAGUGAAAGUGACAUGGAUGGCUGA